GACACACACAUUCACAACAAAAAUAAAGUUCUUAAGUUUUCUUUUUGGGUUAAAGUUUACAGAACCGCUCAACUUUUAUAAGACUUCAAUACAACAUUUCCUCUCCACCAACAAAUAACUCAACCCUAAGACGAUCUUCUCUCCAUCUCUUCUAUUUUUAUCCGUAUUUACAAGUUAUUAUCUCGACUUUUUGGCUAAGAUUUCCAAUCACCUUCUCCUUAGUUUCUGAACCUACCCUCAUCGGGUCUCCAAGGGGCCAAGAAAGAACUGCUUUCUCGGCUUCUCGGAGUCUCACCAUCCUCUCUUUUCACGCUUUCUUCAUCCACACGCAACCUCUUACCCAAACCUAACCCUAAAAAUGGAUUCCACGGAGCUAAAACGUGUGUUCCAAAUGUUCGACAAGGACGGAGACGGUCGGAUCACACAGAAGGAGCUAAACGAGUCAUUCAAAAACCUCGGCAUCAUAAUCCCUGAAAACGAGCUGUCGCAGAUGAUCGAGAAGAUCGAUGUGAACGGUGAUGGCUGUGUUGACGCUGAAGAGUUUGGAGAGCUUUACAAGUCGAUAAUGGUCCAAGGCGAGGAUGAGGAGGUGGGAGAUGAAGAUAUGAAGGAAGCGUUCAACGUUUUUGAUCAGAAUGGAGAUGGGUUUAUUACGGUGGAUGAGUUGAAAACCGUGCUGUCUACCUUGGGACUCAAGCAAGGUAAGACCUUGGAGGAAUGUAGGAAGAUGAUAAUACAAGUGGAUGUUGAUGGUGAUGGUAGGGUUAAUUACAAGGAGUUUAGACAAAUGAUGAAGAAGGGUCAGCUUUUAGCUCAAUGAGCUGAUGGUUUAUAUAUUUGUUUUCUUUUUGUGUUUACCAUUUUUCUCUCGCAUUCUAGAAGGAAAUAUCAGAUGAUCUGUAACUGAACUGUCUUAUAUAGUGUCUAGGUUUGCGAGAGCACAUUGUAAAAAACUAGACAUGUUCGUUUCUGAUGUGAUUCGUGAAGAUUUUUUUUAUAAGCAAACUUCGUUUAUAC